AUGUCGAAAAUUGCCAACCUUGGAACUCCAGCUGGAUCACGGGAUUUCUGGCAUUGCCCUAGCGGGGAAACGACAAACAAAUCAGUCUCAGGUCGAACAUUGGAACCUCGCUCCGAACACAUCAUACUCUGUUUCAUAGAACUACAGGAAGACAGGAGAGGGAACAGCGGGCAGUGGCAAGUCCUUUUGACCAUAACAGUGUUGGUGAUCCCAAGCCAGUUCCCAGCCUUGAGAAAGAACCUGCUACCCACGCCCAUCCCGAUAUACUUGAAAUCUUUCUCCAUGCUCCAAGUCCCUCUGAGAGAAUCUGAAAUGGCUUCUACGAAGGCCGUCAUCCUUCCCUUAUUUGAAGUCGCCGGUCAUCCCAUCAUCUGGCACUGCCUGAGAGCUGUUGCCAAGGUCCCCGGUAUUCGAGAAGUUAUUCUUGUAGGGUACUACGACGAAACCGUUUUCCGGGAUUUCAUCAAAGACUCCGCCAAAGAAUUCCCCAAGUUCCGUAUCCAAUAUCUUCGGGAAUAUCAGGCCUUGGGUACCGCAGGAGGUCUCUACCAUUUUCGCGAUGCUAUAUUGAAGGGCAACCCUGACCGCUUUUUCGUCCUCAAUGCAGAUGUCUGCUGCUCAUUCCCGCUGGGGGAGAUGCUCAAGCUAUUCGAAGAAAAGGAUGCCGAAGCUGUUAUAUUGGGAACUCGAGUGAGCAAUGAUACUGCCACCAACUUUGGCUGCAUCGUGUCCGACAGCCAUUCCAAGCGUGUAUUACACUACGUAGAAAAACCGGAGUCCCAUAUCUCCAACCUAAUCAACUGUGGUGUUUACCUCUUCACCACUGAAUGCAUCUUCCCUUCCAUCCGCAGUGCAAUCAAGCGACGUACCGCGCGGCCCCGCCUCCUCUCUUACCCGUCUUCCGACAAUCUCGAUUCCUACCACAUCGUCAACCAGGAUGAAGAGGGCGAAAAACCUGAAGUCCUCCGGCUCGAACAAGACAUCCUAUCCGACCUUGCAGAUAGCAACCGCUUCUUCGUGCACGAGACCAAAGAUUUCUGGCGCCAAAUUAAAACCGCCGGCUCCGCCGUGCCUGCUAAUGCUCUCUACCUACAAAAAGCGUUCCAGUCACAAUCUGAGGAAAUCGCCCCACCCUCUGCGAACAUUGUACCUCCAGUUUACAUUCACCCAACGGCCACCGUCGACCCAUCCGCUAAGCUGGGGCCCAAUGUUUCGAUUGGAGCUCGCGCAGUCAUUGGUGCUGGUGUCCGCAUCAAGGAAUCUAUCGUCCUCGAAGAUGUAGAGAUCAAACACGACGCAUGUGUCCUGUACUCGAUAAUCGGGUGGAGCAGUCGGGUGGGCGCGUGGGCACGGGUGGAAGGCACGCCAAUACCUGCCGGGAGCCAUUCGACAACGAUCAUCAAAAAUGGUGUAAAGGUUCAGAGCAUUACGAUUUUGGGUAAGGAGUGUGGAGUUGGGGAUGAGGUCCGGGUGCAGAAUUGUGUCUGCUUGCCAUAUAAGGAGUUGAAAAGGGAUGUCGCGAAUGAGGUCAUCAUGUAG